AUGGACGUGGUGGGCUGGCCAGCAACAUGGGCGUGGUGGGCAGGUCAGCAACAUGGGCGUGGUGGGCAGGCCAGCAACAUGGGCGUGGUGGGCAGGUCAGCAACAUGGGCGUGGUGGGCAGGUCAGCAACAUGGGCGUGGUGGGCAGGCCAGCAACAUGGGCGUGGUGGGCAGGUCAGCAACAUGGGCGUGGUGGGCAGGUCAGCAACAUGGGCGUGGUGGGCAGGUCAGCAACAUGGGCGUGGUGGGCAGGUCAGCAACAUGGGCGUGGUGGCAACAGGCCAGCAACAUGGGCGUGGUGGGCAACAGGCAGGUCAGCAACAUGGGCGUGGUGGGUAGGGCAGCAACAUGGGCGUGGUGGGCAGGUCAGCAACAUGGGCGUGGUGGGCAGGUCAGCAACAGUGGGCAGGCCAGCAACAUGGGCGUGGUGGGCAGGGCAGGCAGGUCAGCAACAUGGGCGUGGUGGGCAGGCCAGCAACAUGGGCGUGGUGGGCAGGCCAGCCAGCAACAUGGGCGUGGUGGGCACAUGGGCGUGGUGGGCCAGCAACAUGGGCGUGGUGGGCAGGCCAGCAACAUGGGCGUGGUGGGCAGGCCAGCAACAUGGGCGUGGUGGGCAGGCCAGCAACAUGGGCGUGGUGGGCAGGUCAGCAACAUGGGCGUGGUGGGCAGGUCAGCAACAUGGGCGUGGUGGGCAGGUCAGCAACAUGGGCGUGUGGUGGGCAGGUCAGCAACAUGGGUCUGGCCAACAUGGGCGUGGUGGGCAGGUCAGCAACAUGGGCGUGGUGGGCAGGUCAGCAACAUGGGCGUGGUGGGCAGGCCAGCAACAUGGGCGUGGUGGGCAGGCCAGCAACAUGGGCGUGGUGGGCAGGCCAGCAACAUGGGCGUGGUGGGCAGGCCAGCAACAUGGGCGUGGUGGGCAGGCCAGCAACAUGGGCGUGGUGGGCAGGCCAGCAACAUGGGCGUGGUGGGCAGGCCAGCAACAUGGGCGUGGUGGGCAGGUCAGCAACAUGGGCGUGGUGGGCAGGGCAGUAACAUGGGCGUGGUGGGCAGGCCAGCAACAUGGGCGUGGUGGGCAGGUCAGCAACAUGGGCGUGGUGGGCAGGUCAGCAACAUGGGCGUGGUGGGCAGGUCAGCAACAUGGGCGUGGUGGGCAGGUCAGCAACAUGGGCGUGGUGGGCAGGUCAGCAACAUGGGCGUGGUGGGCAGGUCAGCAACAUGGGCGUGGUGGGCAGGUCAGCAACAUGGGCGUGGUGGGCAGGCCAGCAACAUGGGCGUGGUGGGCAGGUCAGCAACAUGGGCGUGGUGGGCAGGCCAGCAACAUGGGCGUGGUGGGCAGGUCAGCAACAUGGGCGUGGUGGGCAGGUCAGCAACAUGGGCGUGGUGGGCAGGUCAGGGCGUGGUGGCAGGUCAGCAACAUGGGCGUGGUGGGCAGGUCAGCAACAUGGGCGUGGUGGGCAGGUCAGCAGGCAGGUCAGCAACAUGGGCGUGGUGGGCAGGUCAGCAACAUGGGCGUGGUGGGCAGGCCAGUAACAUGGGCGUGGUGGGCAGGCGCAACAUGGGCGUGGUGGGCAGGCCAGCAACAUGGGCGUGGUGGGCAGGUCAGCAACAUGGGCGUGGUGGGCAGGCAGCAACAUGGGCGUGGUGGGCAGGCGUGGUGGGCAGCAACAUGGGCCAGCAACAUGGGCGUGGUGGGCAGGGCAUGGGCGUGGUGGGCAGCAACAUGGGCGUGGUGGGCUGGCCAGCAACAUGGGCGUGGUGGGCAGGUCAGCAACAUGGGCGUGGUGGGCAUGGGCGUGGUGGGCAGGCCAGCAACAUGGGCGUGGUGGGCAGGUCAGCAACAUGGGCGUGGUGGGCAGGCUAG